AUGUAUUCGAAUUCUAAACAUGAUGCUCCUCGUGUGGGGCAGGGUGUUGGCCUUCCACAAGUGUACGUGGGGGGCUCCGGAGUCCCACCACCUUCCCGUGAUUCGGUCGGCUUCUGGUCGCAGAUGGACGUUGAUGGACAAUAUGAAGUACAGUCAGAGAAAGGGGUCCAGGGUGAGGGUGUCACGCUACCGGCACCUCACCCAUUGGCGAUGGAAGGUAGUGUUGCGACGCACAAGUACGGUGAACCUCGAGGGGGCGCGGCGUGCACUCCUCUCCGUCGGCGUGUCGGACGGCGUGGCGGUUUUUUUACACAGUUGGCGUCCACUGUGAAGCGAAUCAGUCUUUUGCGAUGGCGGUCCCCGUGCUCUACAUGCUGCGAAGCCAUCGUACCAGUUAUUUUUCUUGUAUUGACAGUACUUUUCUGGGCGGUUCUUGGACCUAUGAGCGAGGAUGCGUCAGAGUACCUGGACCCUGAAGUUUCUAAGGUUUUCAAAGGUGUCAUGAAAGAUUUGCAUAGUUCUGUUUGCUAUAAUGCCUCGAUGGGUGAAUUAGCCAACAUAUCCCCGUGCCAAAUGAAUGAGCUGGAUGGGUUGCAUUGCCAUGUUGGAAACACCUUUCCAGCAGGGCUGUGCUACCAAAAGGAUGCUAAUAGUGUUACACGUGGUUUGUUUAACAUGAUGGGCCGCCAAACAGCAAUUACUCCGACAUUUGAUGAUAUGAUUCUACGGCUCCUGGUGAGCCCAGAUCAGCAAUGGAAGCUGUUAUUUGCCCCUGUCUCUACUGCCACAGCUGCGCUGGUAGAGGCUUUUAACACCAGUUCCAAAUACUUUCGGCAUGUGUAUGGUGGGACGUAUGACGUACAUGUCGCGGAACAGCUAGCACAAGAUAACGCACCCAUCUGGGGUAUUGUGCAGGUCAACGAGAUGUCACCAGAGAGGUGUGAUGUGGCGAUCCGCUUGAACGCCUCGGAUUUACAAUCAACCGCUGUAAUUGUCGCAGCAGACUAUAUUGGGGGUCUGCUUUACGGUUCCGAGAAAUACAUUGGCUCGGGCUUCCUUACGUUGCAAAGAGAGAUAUCCACGUAUUACUUGAGGAAUAUAAUCAAUGUAACUGUCAAUGACGAGCUGCUGUACACUCCAAUGCCAACAGCUGCCUACGAUAAACCAUUGUUCUUGUCUAUAGCUGGUCAAUUGGUACCAGUAAUUGUUGUGAUGGGGUUUCUUUUUCCUGUCUCACAACUAACACGUCUCAUUGUAGUUGAAAAGGAGUUACGCAUCCGCGAGGCAAUGCUGAUCAUGGGCCUUUCAGAGGGAGUCAUGUAUUUCGCAUGGUUUAUUGUGUACUUGGUGCAGUACAUCAUCAUAAGCUUGCUCAUGGCGCUCAUAAUGAAGCUAACAUAUAUGUCAAAAUCAAACUUUUUUGUAAUUUUUCUGCUGAUUUUUGUCUUCAGUCUUUCGACAAUCAUGUUGUCAGCGCUGUUUGCCGCCCUGUUUACACGAGCACGGAUUGCUGCUCUAUUGUCGCCACUGUUCUACUUUGUAUUUGCCAUUCCUUUGUUCGUUGUGAGGGACGCAGGAGCUCCUGCAAAAAUUGCCGUUUCGUUGCUGUCGCCGAGUGGGUUUGCCGUGGGUGUUUCCAUUAUGUUUGAUCACGAGUUGUCUGGUGGGAUGUCGAUAUCUGACUUGACCUACUUCCGUGACCGUCCAAACCUGCUUGUCAUAAUGGGAAUGCUGUUACUGGACACGGUGCUGUAUUUUCUCAUAAUGGUGUACCUCGAUGCUGUGAUGCCGAGGGAGUGGGGAACGCCGCAACAUCCUCUGUUCUGUAUUCUGGAGCCGAUCCGGUGGUGCUUCUGCCGUAGGAGACGUGAUGACGGCGACUGUCACGAGGAUGGACGUGCACCAGACGGUGUGUUCGAGGAAGUAGAGGAUGGGCAGAGCAGUGCUGUGCGGAUUGUCGGGCUGCGCAAGAAGUUUAAACAUAGUAGAAAGUCCUUUCUUGCUGUGAACAAUUUUUACUGGAGUCUGCGAGAAGGUGAGAUCUCUGUGCUGUUGGGUCAUAACGGCGCCGGCAAGUCCACCACAAUGAACAUGAUGACUGGAAUGGUAAAGGCCGACGGUGGUGAUUGCUAUGUGUACGGACUCUCUGUGCGACACCAGCUGUCGAAGGUGCGCCAGGAGAUUGGAUUUUGCCCACAGCAUAAUAUCUUGUGGCCGGAGUUGACAUGCCGUGAGCACAUGUGCUACUUUGCAAUGAUUAAGGGGUUGACAGGUGGGAGACUGGAUCGUGCCGUGGAGCGGUUGCUGGAGGCUGUGGAUUUGAAGGAUAAGGAGCACACUCGAUCAUCUGCUCUCUCCGGUGGGCAGAAGCGUAAGCUGUCCGUGGGCAUUGCGUUCGUGGGUGAGAGCCCCCUUGUAUUUCUUGACGAGCCGACUGCUGGCAUGGAUGUGGGUGCCCGUCGUCAUACGUGGGAGUUGCUGAAGCGGAUGGCGGCAUCCCACACGAUUCUGCUGACUACACACUACAUGGACGAAGCAGAUCUGUUGGGUCACCAUAUCGGCAUCAUGAGCAAGGGUCGUCUACAGUGCUCAGGUAGCAGCAUGUACCUAAAGUCUAAGCUUGGUGCUGGUUAUCUGAUAACAAUUUCUGUUGUAGCACAUGCCGACCGCGAUGCCAUGGAAGCGCUUGUGCAAUCACAUGUGGAUUCUGCGGAGUCUGUGGGUAGUGGUGCUGGUGAGAUUGCAUUUCGAUUGCCGAUGGAGAAGAAGGAUAAAUUCGCUGACUUGCUCACUGAUCUUGAGACGCGUGGCAAUGAUCUCGGUGUGUGCAGUUACUCGCUCUCAGUAACGACGCUAGAGGAAAUCUUCAUCAAGAUCGCGGAGGGCGCAUCAACGCAUGUCAAGAGCAAUGAGUCUGAGAGCAAUACUCCGGUUGAUGCUGCACAGUGUGUGUGGAAUGUCAGUUUGAUGGAGCGAGAGAGAGAUAUCAUGUGGACACAGUUCUCUGCGAUGAUGGCGAAACGUUUGUGGAACUCGUUACGGGACCGACGCACUCAGUUUUUUCAGAUUGUGUGCCCGGUUGUCUGUGUGCUCCUGGCAAUGCUGCUGACGCUCAUCAAACUUUUUGAUAGCCCGAUGCUGGUGCUGAGCAGCAGUUUGUACGGCACGGACGUUCAGGUUGAUGUUGCGAACUGCGAUGCGGUGUUUAAUUUGUCGGUGCCGUUUUCCCCCAACGCGAAGACGAUCGUAGCGCCCAGCGUCUCGUCAAGUGGUCUCUCUGAUUACCUACUGUCAACGUACAAGACACACAGUCUGGAACGGUAUGGUGCCAUUUUCUGCCGCGACCCCACACUUGGGGGUGCGAGCAUGAUUUUCUACAAUACAUCGGCGCCACACGAGGUUGCAAUUGGCCUUGUGAAUUUCUACAAUGGAAUCCUCUUCAGGGCGAACAGUUCGGCAAAACCUAUGGUAACCCGUGUGGAAACCCUGGCAAGGACUCAGUGGGAGGAGGAAGUUGAUUCUUCCUUAUUCGGGAUGUUAAUAUCCAUUGUCAUAAUGAUUCCGUUCACCUUUAUUCCCUCGACAUUUGUGUCGUGGGUUGUAAAGGAGCGCCAAUGCAAGGCACGGCACCUACAAAAUGUUUCUGGACUACGGUUUGCAGUGUACUGGCUCUCUAACUUUGUGUUUGACCUUUGCUCCUAUCUCAUCACGAUGUUUCUGGUGAUCAUCGUGUUUGCCAUUUUUAACCGUAGGGAGUACAUUGAUCCAGAGAAUAUUGGUGCAACGAUUGUGGCUUUUCUGCUUUACGGUGUGUCUGGUAUCGCCAUGGCGUACGUUCUCAGCUUCAUGUUCAACGACUACUCGAAGGCGCAGAAUGUGGUGAUGUUGGCUAGUUUUGUCGUUGGAUUUCUGUGUGUUCUCGCCGUAUCUGUGCUUUCUUUUUUUGCGAAGACAGAGAAUGUUGCAAAGGCGUUGCGUUGGGUCUUCCGCAUUGUGCCUAGCUACUGUAUAGGUGAGUGCAUCAACAACUUGGCUGUCUUGCAAAUGCGGAAAUCGUACGGUGACUCCUCUUCAGUGUGGGACAUGAAUGUUGUGGGGUGGCCAUGUGUCUACAUGGCUCUUGAGACUCCGUUUUUUCUGUUGCUCACCAUUUUCAUUGAUCACCCUGCACGACGACAUUACUUCCGGAAGCCCUUCCAUAACCCUGACGCCCCACCAGAGGUUAUAGAGAAUGAGGACGAGGACGUUGUGCGUGAGCGCAGCGAGGUGAUGAGCUUACCGGACCGUGCGGACGACCUUGUGCGAGUGGUAAACCUUCGCAAGGUCUAUUCUGGUGGGAAAGUUGCGGUGCGGAAUCUGACUUUUGGUGUGAAGCCUGGUGAGGUGUUUGGCUUCCUUGGCACAAAUGGUGCGGGUAAGACGACGACCAUAGCCAUUCUAUGCCAGGAGUUCUUGCCGACAAGUGGACAUGCGUCUAUCUGUGGCCGAGAUAUUGCGACCAACAGCGCGGAGGCACUGCGGAACAUUGGCUACUGUCCGCAGUUUGAUGCGUGCCUGGAUCUGCUGACGGUGGAGGAGCAUCUUCGUCUGUACGCGGGUGUGCGUGGCGUUGUGUUGACGCAGCGGGAUGACGUUGUGACGGGUCUACUUCGCAUGUGCGAGUUGUCGGACUACCGCCGCACGCUAGCGCACGAACUGAGUGGAGGGAAUCGCCGCAAGUUGAGCGUGGCGAUUGCGCUUGUGGGUGGGCCGCGUGUUGUAUUCCUCGACGAGCCGUCAGCUGGCAUGGAUCCCGUUGCGCGGCGCGGUCUGUGGAACGCGGUUGAGAAGAUCGCCGACAACUGCUCCGUCGUGCUGACAACACAUCACCUCGAGGAGGUGGAGGCACUGGCCCACCGCGUGGCCAUAAUGGUCGACGGCACAUUGCGCUGCAUCGGCGACAAGACGCAUCUCAAAAAUAAGUACGGUAGUGGGUUUGAGGUGACGGUGCGUCUCGGCCGCGAUGACGAGCCAGCAGUGGCCGCGGUGGAGGCGUUCUUCUACGAGAGUUUCCCCGGCACACGACUCGAGGAGCGCCGCUCGAACCGCAUGACGUUUGCCCUGCCGCGGACAACAAAAUUGUCUCUGGCGUUUGAGUUGUUGGAGAAACACCACCUUGGACUUGGCUUGACGGAUUAUCACGUUUCGCAAACAUCGAUUGAGCAGGUAUUUCUUCGAAUCAGCGAGGAGGCUGAACGCGCACGUGAAGAGGAGGACGUUCGUUUGGAGGCUGAGAGGGCACAAAGGGGAAAGAGGUGGUGCUCGUGUUUUUGUUAA